AUGGCCGCAGAAGCAGACACCAGUGGAUCCGAGCUUCCGGCCACCUCUAGGAUGGAACAUCGUCAGUACCGCAACAUUUCUCAGGGCCUUCACCAUCAGCGCCAUCACCAAGAACAACAACGAUAUCAACAGUUGCAACAUUUUUACCACACCGACGUCACUAGCAGCGACUUCAGCAACCACAGCCAUAGCUCAGAGGCUGGCGACGGCGAACAGGACCACAUGGAAAAGCUCAUUUCUGUGGAUGAGUUCGACGAUAGCGACCACGAGGAUAAUCGAAGCUGCAGCACGGCCAGUCCUACUCUGUCAGACCACACAAUUAACAGCAGUUUUUCCUCCCGUAAUUACAACCCGCGCGACAACAGCGUAGACCGAAAAAUUCACAAACUCCGAAAGAAAGGAGCCAUAGCAUCCAAAGUCCUUGACGAUCAAGAUUUACAAAGUUUACGACUCAAAAUUAAUAGUCGAGAACGAAAGCGUAUGCAUGACCUGAAUUCAGCCCUUGACGGUCUGCGGGAGGUAAUGCCUUAUGCGCACGGACCAUCCGUGAGAAAGUUGAGUAAAAUCGCCACCCUCUUAUUAGCCAAGAAUUACAUUCUUAUGUUGAACUCUUCUUUGGAUGAGAUGAAAAAGCUGGUAAGUGAUAUUUACCAAAACCAAGGAUCUUCCCGCCCGACCACUCACCACCUUCCAACGCAGCCAUUGCUGUCUGCAGCUGCUGCUGCUGCUUCUAGUUCAUCUAGUGGCGUGCCGGCUUCAAAAUGUGCUGAAAGCAGCACCACACAUUUACACAACGUUCCCCACAAAACGAACAGUAAAGGCGAACCGUCCUCUUCUUUCUCGACUGCACCCACGACAAUACCGAUGGCGCCUCUCCCAGCUCAUCACCAUCAUCAUAUAGUGAACCCAUUGCUGCCUUUGUCGCUGCCAACCAUCAGAGGUCCGAUCCCUGGUUUCACAGCACACGAUAUAGCUGCUCUCACCACAUCUUACACCUUGCACAAGUCUGAGAGUAGCUCUUCAACUGCGAUGCCUCAAACUUACUCGGGUCACGACCGAGCUCACCCCUUUCACAGAUGGCCCGUCCCAUGCGCUUGUGCCCAGUGUCUGUCUGGGUCCACCCAUCUACCACUGGACUUACAAUUAGGACGAAUCACACACCCACUUUUAACAUCGUCAGCAUUUCUACAUCGCAAAAACUGA